AUGAAACCAGGCUCGGUUGAACGUGACGGCGGGACUGGUACACCCCCAGUGUACGAACAGCCGCCUGCAGGAGUGAAUAGCCCGUUGAUGAACGCCACGGAGCGUUUCGUGUGUGAGAGGGAAGACGUGCAGACGCGACUGACCACCGAAGACGAAGCGGUCAAAGUAGCAGCAAAGGUGGAUGUGGGUAGCGGGAGUGCUUGCGCGGAUCCUGUGUCGGGAUACAGCUGGCCCUCGACUACGGUCCUCAACGUCGCGAAUCCGGAGGAACUGUGUAUGGACACUCUGCUUCACGCUCCUGGUACCCAAAGUACACUGGACGCUCCGCAUAACAGCGACGCGGACGUGUUGUUAGCUUCCACUUCAAGCACGACAGAGACGGGGCUGCUCAGGCGGUCCCCGUCAUCGUGCGACGCGAUGUCGAGUUUUGAACGUGAACGCCUUCUUGAGCAAAGAAGGCUACAAGCCCAAGUGCUUCACCUUCAAAGGAAAGUUAUCCUUCAGGAGCAGUUGCUCCUGCAGCAGCAGGGGCAGUUGACGGGGUACGCGGCGGACCGAGGGGGAGGCGACGACCGGGACAGGUCGGACGCAGCGGCGCUUGCGUGCAACAUUUCCACUUCAAAAUUUGGAAAAGAUGACGGAAAAGCUCGGCGAGGGCGCAACGAGAUCAAAGGGUUUCAGGGACGGAGCAGCUUUCUCCCUGAAAAACUCAGAGGCGGGAGGGGCGCCGUUCCGUCGACUGGCUCUGGACGCACAAGUGGAGCACUCGAGCCGGCGCCUGGCACAGGGGCCGGGUCGGAGCCAAGGUCUAGACAGGAGAACGCGAAGUCGCGGAGCGGCAGCGCUGCAGAUGCCGAACUGCAGGAGUAUGUGGCGACGAAGAAGCUAAGUGAAGGACGGAAGGUCGGUGAAGAAAGCUUGAAGAGGGAACUCGUGGCGGGGCGCGUAGGCGUGGCGCCGGGAGGUCGCGACUCGCGCAGCCAGUCCUUCUCUGGGUCGGCUGCGCAGGGCUGCGUAGGGUUUUAUGGCGGCCGAAGCUUGAAGGACGCGUUAUCGCCUGAAGACGCCCAGCGAGCUCAUGAAGGAAAGAGAGACAAGGAGGAAGAGAGCGAAGGCAGCGGUUACGCAGUGUCUGGCGCCCCAAGGACACUAGGACAGGGCGGCCGCGUGGGGAAUCGGUGCAGAGCGCAGAGCGAUUUUACUGACGGUUCUUUCAAGAAGAAAGCCGGUCGUAUCGAAGAUCAGUUUUUCCGAAUCAAGCUCUGCCCCAAGUACAUGCGGGGUCUGUGCCGAAAAGGGGCGCGCUGCUCGUACGCCCACGCCGAGGAGGAACUCCGAGAUGUGCCGAACCUGUGGAAAACAAAGUUGUGCACGGCUUUCCGUCUUGGGAAACCAUGCCCACUGGAAGCGUCUUGCCCCUACGCACACGGCGAGGAGGAACUGCGGUCUACUGCGGACUACUACAAGACAAAACUGUGCAAGUUUUGGAUGCGAGAAGGACGAUGCGACGCUGGGAAAGCGUGCCGACAUGCACAUGGAGACCAAGAACUGCGCAAGAGAAACUACCGUCACACGGAACUGGAGAAGUUCGCCCUGCGGCACCACUUGGAUAUGCGCCAGCUUCUGGACGAGUUUCGCACCGGGCGCGUUCCGGUGGCGAUUCAGGAUCUGGUCUCCACCAGCACCGUCGUGGGUUCUGGAGCUGGACGCAGUCACGGAGGCGCUUCCCCGAUUAGCAGCCAAGGCCAGUCGAGUGCAUGCGAAAAUCACGGCCGCCCGCGGUUUUUCUCCUUCACCGCUGCAUGCGUUGAGCGGAAACCGAGAAGCAACUCGGGGGAGAGCAGCAGACUGGGGAUCUCUGCCUCAAGGCGGGGUUUGAACGAUGAUGCGAGCAGUUCUUCUGGUCGUGACGAAGGGCCCGCGACCGGGUCGGGACCGGCUUCGGAGGGAGCAGCAAACUCUGGCGGCAAGGCCGGUGGACCAGGACAGUUGCCGGGCGGGAAGCCGUACAGAGGACAGGGGACUGCAAGUUUCCCGAUCGGCGGAGCACAGCCAGCAGGUUGCGGCGGUGAGGUGCUAGAGGGAGAAAGGCGGGGAGGACAUCGCGGAGGUUCACUCAGCCACUUUCACCUUUCGCAUGGACAUCAGUAUCGCGGGGGAGGCCGGGGGGGGCGCCAUCGCCAUGGACACCACCAACGCCACCGCUUCGACACGCACCAAUCCCUGCACCGCUUGCACCAGUCUGGCGUAGUCCCAGCGACGGCAGAUGCUUUGAAAGGCACUCCACUAGGCGUUCCUGUUGUAGCUGCGACAGCUGGAGGACCACCGUAUGGCAUUGCUCCAGGCGUCACGCCUUACGGUUCUCUCUGCCAGCAGCAAGCGUAUCCGUACGCGUUGAACUACACCACCAAUCUGGCGGCCUGUGGAGGGCUGCAUGCUGCAGCUGCGGCAGUCGCUGCGGCCGCUGUGGCUCAGCAGCACCAGCAUCUUGAAGUGGCGGCGAAAGUUGCGGGGACGCCGCUGUACCCGGGUGUCGAUCCGUACCUCGGCGCGCCGUAUAAUUCGAACUUCCCUGGAGGGGGCAUUCCGUACUCGGCAUCGGUACCCGCUGGUGCGUACGCAACUGCGGGUCCAAGCUCAUCGGGGACCGCAGGUUGCGCUUCCGCUCCGUUCACACCGGCGUCCCGUCCCUAUUCCCCUCCGGGUGGGCCGUACUCGGCUAGGACGGCUAGCACAACUGGAGCAACGCCUUCGCCACAAACGUCGUACAGCGGCCACGGCAAUCUUCCCUUUUCCCCGCCCUGCCCGGGCUCUAGUCCCCGGGGGUCUCCAGACCGGGAAACAGCGACUCCGUCGGCAGUUUUGCAUGCGGCCGCAACAGGGACUAUGUAUCCAGGCGGCACGCCGACGGCCGAGAUCGGCGCGGGCGCGGCGAGGGCCGCUGGAGAUCCGGGGAGCUUUGCCUCUGCGACUCAAUAUUCACACGGGCAGUUAGCCGGCGCAACGACAAACGCGGUCUACAGCGCAAUUCCUGGAUCUGCGGUGAAUCCAAGCGGAGAAACUGCGGGGAUGUGCCACGGGGAAUGCCUGUCGGCUGCAGCUCAAGCAGGGACUGAGGGAUCCGGCUGGAUGACUCCUGGGUGCGGCAGAGUCUCGGACAGACUUCGGCAAACAGGAGCUAUGGACAGGGCGUCUCUCGGAUCGCUGUUGUCGACCGGUUUGACUGUGCCAGCCAGCGGUGCGAGCAUGGUGGACCGGGCCAGCGUUCCGGAUCACCCAAUCGCCAUGUGUGCAAUACCGGGUGUCGCGACAGGAGCUUCAUUUUGCCAGUGGGCCACCGGUUCAGCCUCUCCUGCAGGUUUACCAGGAACCGCGGGCCCCGCCAUUUCGCCGUUCUACGUGCCGACGUCAACCUACCCCGUGUAUCCCGCCACGCACGCGCCUGCCGUGGCGAGGAUGCAGCACUUGACUGAAAUCGACACUGGCGUCGGGAGGGAAAACAGUGUACAGAGCGAAUGA